UAAAGAAGAGAAUGAGGAGAGUGAAGUGGAGGAGAAACAUCAUGUCAGACCUGAAGAGAGUCGCUCAAAAACUACAAAUAUUUUUUUAAAGGAAAGAAGUGAUCAAUGCGGCAAAACAUUUCUCGUGUCAUCAGACCUGAAGAAACACCUGGCAGUUCAUACGAAGGAGAAGCCGCAUUCAUAUUCUUUAUGUGGAAAGAGUUUAAAAUCGCAUCAGCAAACACAUACUGGUGUAAAAGGUCAUGUGUGCUUUGAGUGUGGGAAGUCUUUUACUUGGGCAAAACAUUUAAAACUGCACCAGAGGAUCCACACUGGAGAGAAACCUUAUCAGUGUUCACACUGUGACAAGACGUUCAGUUGGUUAGCACAUCUGAAAACACAUGAGCAGGUCCACAGCAGAGAGAAAACACACGCGUGUGAUCUGUGCGGGAAGAGCUUUGCAUGCAAAAAAUAUUUAAGGGUCCAUAUGAGGAUCCACAUGGGAGAAAAGCCAUACGUGUGUGAUCAAUGUGGAAAGAGUUUCACUCAAUCAUCACACCUUAAAGAACACAUGAGGAUCCACACCGGAGAAAAGCCGCACGCAUGUCAUCAGUGCGGCAAAACAUUUCUUAGGACAUCAGCUCUGAAGAAACACCUGGCAGUUCAUACGAAGAAGGAGAAGCCGCAUUCAUGUUCUGAAUGUGGAAAGAGUUUUUCACAGCUGAAAAGUUUAAAAUUACAUCAGAAAUUUCACAACACCGUGAGAGAUCAUGUGUGCUUUGGGUGUGACAAGACUUUUUCGUUGGUAAACCAUUUAAAACAGCACCAGAGGAUCCACACUGGAGAGAAACCUUACAAGUGUUCACACUGUGACCAGAGAUUCAGUCAGUCAGCAAAUCUGAAAACACACGAGAGGAUCCACAGCGGAGAGAAACCGCACACGUGUGAUCAGUGCGGGAAGAGUUUCAGUCAGUCAGCAAAUCUGAAAAGACAUGAGAAGAUCCACAGCGGAGAGAAGCCGCACACGUGUGAUCAGUGCGGGAAGAGUUUCUCAUUAAAAAACUAUCUUGAUGUUCACAUGAGAAUCCACACUGGAGAAAAGCCGUAUGCAUGUGAUCAAUGCGGCAAAACAUUUCUCGUGUUAAGAGCCCUGAAGAAACACCUGGCAGUUCAUACGGGGGAGAAGCCAUAUUCAUGUUCUGUGUGUGGAAAGAGUUUUUCACUGCUAAAAAGUUUAAAAUCGCAUCAGAAAACACAUACUGGUGUGAGAGCACAUGUGUGCUUUGAGUGUGGGAAGACUUUUACUUUAGCAAGCUAUUUAAAACUGCACCUGCGGAUUCACACUGGAGAGAAACCUUACAAGUGUUCACACUGCGACAAGAGAUUCAGUCAGUUAUCAAAUCUGAAAACGCAUGAGAGGAUGCACGGCGGAGAGAAACCGCACACGUGUGAUCAGUGCGGGAAGAGUUUCGCUUUUAAAAGUCGUCUGAAGCUACACACGAGGAUCCAUGCAGUGGAGACACUGAGCAAUAAAGUCUCUUCGGUGUAAGUUAGUUUCCUAACAGCCAAAAUUAGUGACUGGACAUUUUGUUGGUUGCUUGGAAAGUAUCUCGUUAUUAUGAGAAAGUAUGUUAUUAUUAUAUAUAUUAGAAAGUGUCUCGUUCUCUUUAUAGUGACUUACAUGUUGAUAUAUAUAUAGGUAAAACACUAUAAUAACUUUCAAUAAUAAAUCAUCAACAAACAUUAGAUAAUGCUUAACGGAUUAUUAGUUCAUAUAUUCACUUAUCG